ACGACCCACAACAAUGAUACUUUCCUCCAGCUGCUUCGCUCCCUGGAGAACCCUGGCAGACAACACCCUUUACCACUACCUGACGUCUGGCGCUCUUAUAUCAAGGAUCAGAGGCCUUAAUAAUACACUCUGCUAGCUGUGAAGAGGGAAGCCAAGUUAUUUUAUGCUUAUAUCGUGUUAUGAACACCCAGCUUUGGCAUAUAUAGUAGGCAAUAUAAACAAUGUUUAUUUGCUCUUGAAAUAAAAUACUGUCAAGUUUUAUCGGCGAGUCAAAUGGAAAAAUAAGUCUAUCAUAUCCUUGGUGACAGGAAGAAAUGAAUAAUAGUUGCUAAAUCACCGGACCCGAAGCAGUAUUUGUGUGUACUAUGUAACGGUGUGCCUUCACCAUGGCUUGGAGACGUAACCAAUUCCAAGGCCAAUUUGGAAUUAAUGAAACUCCACUGACAGUUGCCAUAGAAUGUGGAAAUUUUAAGGAUGCAGAAGAGAUUAUUCAAGCCACCAGCGACCCAUCCUUUCUGAAUGAUGGACAAUAUGAAAGAUUUCCUCUUCACAUGGUAUUGACUAAUAACCACUACCACACAGAACAGAGUCGCAACCUAAAAAUUGCAAAAUUGCUUGUCCAAAAAGGUGCUAACCCAAAUCUACGGAUACCCUAUGAGGAUCUGGAUCGAGCAUCACCUAGCCCUUUUGAAGAGCUUGUAGUGUACCAUGAAGUGCUUAAAUCUUACGUGGAUGGUAAUUCUGAAAUUCUAUGUGAAGAAUUAAAUAUGUACUUUGAAUUAGAAGAAAUUAAGCUAGAAUUUAUAACUAACACCAUAGAUUUUGAAGGUACAAAGUGUAUGCCUAACAUUGAAAGCUGUAAUAAACUAGUCAAGCAGACCAGUGACUUAAUCGAUGUGUUUUUAGAGUAUGGUAGUGAUCCUAAUGUUAUUACAACUUUUGCCCACAAGACCCUCUUCCACUGGGUGAUUGAACAUGAGGAUAUAGUCUUAGCAAAGUGUUUCCUGAACACUUGUAGAGUUAAUUUAAAUCUAUGUGACAUUCAUGGGACUUCACCAUUAAUGGAUGCCAUAUUGAGAAAUGAUCCAGUAAAUUCUCUUCAUUUGUACAAUGUCAUGUGUGAUACUGUUGAUUUUAUUGAUGUAAACAUGCAUAAUUGCUGUGGUGAAACAGCACUCUUUAGAGCAGUGUUUGUUGGAGCAGUAGAUUUAGCCACAAGACUGUGUAAGUAUGGAGCACACACACAAACUAAUGUUUCUCUCUCUCAAGUACCAGUUACAUAUCCAAGUAAAUGCUUUUUCUGUUCAAGUUCUCACAUUCAGCAAGUGCCCAUUUUAUCAACUCCUUUGUUAGCACCGUUAUUAGCCGAUGCUCCAACCAGACUUCGUUACACUCAUGUCUCUUCACAAGAUUUUGAUAUUAAAAUUGUUCGUCCACAUAAACACCUUAUUGACAAGAUUAUUUCAUCAUCCAUUUCUCCCCUUAUAGACACAGGAUGCUUGAAUAAUCAGACUGUUGCUUCUGAGGUGACACCUCUUUUGUCUUUGAGUAAUUUUGUACAUUUAAAAGAUGGAAGAAUUCAGCCUACUGAUUUGAUAACAUUAAUGUUUGGCCAGGUGUCUGCAGGUCUUCGGCAACUGUGCAUUAGAUCUCUCUUUGAUUAUGUUUUUAUGGUCUCUGACAUUCCCAGAAAGACAUGGCCUGAUUUGGUUCUUCAUGAACUAUGUAUCAAAGACUGCAAAGGGGCAUUGAUGGAAUCAUACAUGAUAGAAUUAAUAGAAUUACUUGGUCUUCCACAGUCCUUCAAAAUAUUUUUUGAAAUUGAAGCUGCUAAAUAUCAAAUUUCUAAGUUAAUUAUGGGUCUUCAGAGUGUGGAUUGUGAUCAAGCAUGUUCAGCAUCAGAUGAAUCAAUGUUUGAUGAAGAUGAUGAUGAUAAUGUGUCAUAUGAUACUUCAUUAUUCUCAUCAGAUUAUGGAGAUUCCCUUCUCCUCUUCUCUUCUGACAUGCUCAGUGAGGAAUCAUCAGAGGAGGUUGAGGAUCUCUCUGAAGAAGAUUUCUCUGGAAGCGAAGAGGAUGAAAAAGAGAAAAAGACUGAAGAGACUAAAAAAGUGAAUGUAGAAGCGAGUGCACAUAGGAAAAUUAAAUGUGAAUUAGAGAGCAGCUCAAGUUGUGCUUCAGACGACAUCAGGGUUGUUGUAGAAUCUUUGUGCGAGGAUGUAGCUGAAGAUGUAGCUCAUCAUGCACAUUCUCUAGAGUGCUGUGAGAAUUAUCAAAGAUUCAAAGAUGAGUCAACAGUUUCAAGUGUAUCAGAUGCAGAUUUAACUGUAAGUGAACCUUUGUCUGAAACUUUGUCAGAUUCAUCAUGGUAGCACAGGUAACCAAGGGAGGAAAUGAAAUACAAGAUUUUGUAAAUAAUAAUUGUCAACAUAAAUCUUAUGUACUAAUCCUUGUAUAGCAAAAUGAGAUAAUAUGUAGUUAAUGUAAACUAUAAAUAUGUGCUCAGUACUUGUGUGUGCAUGGGUGGGUGAGGGGUUCUGUAUUUGUUUUAUGCGCAAUAUUUUAAAGGCUUAAUUUUUUUUGUUAACAUUUAGACAUUUAAAGAAUAUGGGACUAGGCAUGUGCUGGAGUUAAAAUAUCCCAUCAAACUUUCUAAUACAGUACAGAUUUAUAAGCAGAUACAGUAAUUUUUUGCAAGGAUAUUGCCAUAAUUUUACAGAUGCAGUACAGUAAAUUUAGUGCUUUCCUAAUCUAUAACCAGUAACUAGACAUUGCAUGUACAGUAUUUAAUAAUGCAAUGUAGUCAGCACACGCAUUACGAAUUUAAUAGAAAAAUAAAAAAUACCUGACGACUUAUAUCCAUCAAUUAAUUUUUUUAGGUUCAUUGCUUUUGUUGUACAGUAUACACGAGAUUUGCUCUCCUAAUAUGUCCUAAUAUGUGUUACGUAAUUAGCAUUGUAAGCAUACAUUAGAAUACUGUACUAUACUCAAAGACUGCAUUCUGUAUCACUACAGUAUUAUAUAAUUUGUAUAGCGUUAAAAUGGGACGGAAAGGAAUCCAUAUUAUUGUAUAUUAAUACUGUACUUGUAUAAUGUAACCAUGAUGUUCAUGAAUUACAAGGCAAGAGGACCAAGUGAUACCAAAGUUGCUGUGUUAAUUUCUAGGGUCCACAGGGUUAGCAUUCCCAAAGGAGCUUCCAUAUGUUCAUAAAUUAUUUUGUCUCGGAUUUGUCUUAAGCAGUUUUAAUUUAACUCAAGAUAUUGUUAUUGGCUAUCAGAAUGUAAUGUGGUUAUAAUAUGAGAACUUUGGAUUUACAUAUCUAUGUUAAGAACCCGGUGAUCUGAGAAGGCUACAUAAUAAUAUAAUAAUAAUAAUAAUAAUAAUAAUAAUAAUAAUAAUAAUAUUUUAUUCAUACAAUGUACAAUCCAUUUGACACGUUAAAGCAAAUGAGAUUGAUCGAGCUCAGAGGUACUUCAUUGAUAAUCUCUCUAAAUGGGGACAAAUCUUGUAUAAAGCUUUAAAGUAAAUUGUGUAGCAUUCAUCAUGAUUUUACUUGCACGAUAUAAUAAAGCCCACUUAUACAGUAAUUACAAUCACAUAUAUAUUUCAUCAUGGCUGCAAACAUGCUUUUUCCCACCACAUAGAAUGUCAACCUCCAAAGUUUAUAGCUACAGUGCUGUAGGUUAAUAUUUUCCUAUUAUUCAUGUACAGACAUUAAUUUAUAAAUAUUCGUAAUACUGUACUGUACUGCAUAUGAUAUUAUAUACGGGUACUGUGUGUAUUGUAUAUAUUAUACACAGUACUGAUAUAUUAAUACUGUAUACAUAGAGUACUGUAUUUAUGCUGUAUAAUGAAGUGAUAUAUUGCAUUACCAGUAUGUGUAAUCUUUUUACACUUGGUUUAAAAAUAAUUGAUUGAUAAAGCACUUGGCAAGCUGGUUGAGUGAUGAGGAAGGAUGCCUUUCUUGAGUUGUAUCGAUUGUCUGCCUAAGAUAUCCAUAAAAAUGCCUUAUACUGUACUGUAAUUUUAAGUGCAUUAAAUUUGUUGAUUUACAGUACUGUAAUUCAAAGCUUUUAUUUAGAUUUUAGCAAGAGCUAUAUAACUAAAUAUAUAUUUCUUUCAAUUAAGAUCUAUAUUUUCAAUUGAAUAAACUAUCAAUCAAAGAUGAAUAGUAAAUUAAUAUUUGGAACAAGGCAUAUAAUUUGUUGGCCAUUAAUAGUAUUAUUUUCCUUGAAUCAUAUCUAUAGGAUUCAUUUAGCCUAUAAAUUUACAGAUCUGAUUUAUAAGUCAUCAAAAUAUAACUAUCAUCAAUAUAGUCAACAUGUAUGCUACUCUAGAUGUUAGUCACUGCCUAGCAUACUGGGCCUAUAUAUUACAUUUCAGUCAUACAAGUGAAAUAUGAUACAUGAUAACAAUAUAAAUUUAUUUUACACACACGUACGUACAGCAUGUACAUUCUAAAUGCUACAUUUGCUUUCAGUAAAUAAAUUUUUUCUCAUUCUAAUAAAUUUUUGUUAUAUCCUUUUGAGUUUUUAAGAUUUUCAGAAUUUUCAGAAUUCUGAAAUUCUAACCUUUUCAGAAUUAAAAGCGUACAAUACCUCCAGGUAUUGUACACUUUUAAGGCUUGAAAAAUUUAUCAAGAUAAAUUUUGCAUACAUUCAACAUUAAAAUAUGUAAUUGAAACAAUUACAAUGAAUGUUAAUUAUGCACCAAUUAAAUUACAUUGAAAGUUGUCAACAGUAAUGAGAGAAAAAAAAGAAAUAACUAAUACUGUAGUAAGAGCAGCAGAUAUGUAAAGUUUUUUUAUAUUAAUAAACUUAGAUACACACAAUUCAA